UUUUCACAUUCCCGCCAUCAUCGCGUAGUGUUGCUUCGAGGCGUCGUGUGCGGGUCCACACUGUCAACAACAGACGUACGAAGAGCAGGUGAAUGCCGGCAAAACAAACUUUCUGCCCUCGGAGGACCUACAUAAACGAUACUGUAAUUUAAAAGUUUCAAGACGAGGACAUAUCAUCGACAGGAUUUGUCUCAUCACAAGUCCCUGCCUCCAAAGUGCACCAACUGGAUAGUAAGCCAUGGCAACCACAGUGCCCAAACUCUCCAGCGGUGGCGCUGUUAAGAUCCGCUUUACCAGCAUGGACCGGGGUACCACCAGAUGGAGAGAGGGAACUUUUGAGAUUCUGGAAAAGGACAACAAAGUCAACCUUUGUCUGAGGUUCAGCUGUGGCGGAGCUUCCAAAAUUUUCCAGCUGAACCAGAACGUGAAGACCAUCAAUCAGAAUUUGAACCGAAUCCAACUGACUUUAAAGGACAACAGUGUCAUCACUCUGGAUAAGCUGCCACCAACUUUGGUUCAGAGGACUAAAGAAUACCUGGAAAAGCUGAAGCAGGCAAAAACAGCGGUUUUAAAAUCAUCCCUUGGAAGUGCAAACUUCAGUGUGCUUGGGAACCGCUCUGUGAAAAAUGAGACCAGUCCAUCAGGGUCUCAGACGACACCGAGGCGGCAGAGUGCAGAAGGCCGGGAGGACACAACACCCAGGAAGCCUCUGGGCAGUCCAAGCAGAGCUGCCUCCACUCCGACUCGCACUGGUCUCUCUGAGAAUAGGAGCGAGAAGAGAAAGAGACUCCUUAACUCUGAAAGUGACCUGUCUGAGGACUACCCCAAAGAAAAUGACUCCUCAAGCAACAACAAAGCCACUUCAGAUCCAUCCAGGAAGUUUCUGUUGAGCUGCAAAGAUAAACUGAAGCAAGCAGAGGAGAACCGGAGCUCAGCUCCACUGGGUUCAACGCCCCUUCAGCCAACGUCGUUCUACGGCAGAGGAUCUGUCACUAAAGACUACAGCCAGAGUCACUCUUUCCUGGACAGGCCAUCCAGUACAGCACAGAGCACCACAGUCAAGAGAAGCCUCAUGCUGCCCAAUCACUCCACUCCCUUCAAGAAGGUGCGCCCCUCUCUGGACUACAGUGGCUGGAACAAGCAGAGGCCUUCCACUCUCACCCAGCCUCAGCCGCCAUUGCAAGGAUUCUCCAAUCUGGGUAACACUUGCUAUAUGAACGCCAUCCUGCAGUCCCUCUUCAGCCUCCCCUCCUUCUCCAAUGACAUGCUGAGGCAGAGCAUCCCAUGGAAGAAGGUGCCCAUCAAUGCAUUGCUCAGACGUUUUGCUCACCUUAUGGCCAAGAAGGACGUGGGCUGUCCGGAAACAAAGAAAGACCUUUUGAGAAAAGUGAAGAGUGCCAUCUCCUCCACAGCGGAGCGUUUUUCUGGAAACAUGCAGAAUGAUGCACAUGAGUUCCUGAGUCAGUGUUUGGACCAGUUAAAGGACGAUGUAGAGAAAAUUAAUAAGAGCUGGACAAAUGAACAUGUGGCAUCCUCAUCGUCCUCGGUGGUGGGUGAAAAUGGCCUGGAGGCAACAUCGUCAGCAGCCAAGACAGAGCCCGGUGAAGAAGUGGACACCUCCCGCAUCUACACCUGCCCUGUGGCGGUAAACAUGGAGUUUGAGGUGCAGCACACCAUCAUCUGCAAGGGCUGUGGUGAGGUGGUGACCAAGCGAGAACAGUUCAAUGACUUGUCCAUCGACCUACCGCGCAGGAAAAAAACCCUUCCGCUGCGCUCUAUUCAGGAUUCUCUGGAUCUCUUUUUCAGAAUGGAGGAAAUUGAGUACUCGUGUGAAAAGUGCAAUGGAAAAGCAGCCACUGUUACGCAUAAAUUCAGCAAACUGCCCAGAGUGCUCAUCCUACACCUGAAACGGUACAGCUUUAACGCUCAGCUGUCUCUGAACAGCAAGCUGGGCCAGCAGGUGGUGAUUCCACGAUACCUGACCUUACUGUCCCACUGCACUGAAUCCACACGACCCCCGAUAAGCCUCAGCUGGAGUUCCCAAGCCUCCAUGUCCAGAACGCUCAAAACGUCACAGUUGAUCAGCUCCUCCACAGCACCUCUUCGGCGGACUGGAGGAAAGGUGGCCAACGCCAGCUGCACUUCUGUCCUCGUGGACUCUGACAGUGAAGAAGAGCCUAACAGAAAGGUGAGCGCCAGCCGAAAGCGACGCCUCAGCAGCUGUCUGCCUGAAGACGACGACCGACCCGAAGAGAGACCAGCAAUAGAUUCUGCGGACUUCAGUGGUAUUAAUGAUGACGAAAUGCUCGAGGCCGUGCUGGAGAUGAGUCGGCAAGAGGCAGGGCUGUCUGCUCCACCCUCCCUGGAGGAUGAGCCAACCAGCAGCCCCGACACAGGUUUUGGGGACACAGAUGCACAUGACCUGGCCUAUCAUGCAGAUCUGCUGGAAACUGACACCAAACAGCCUGCAGAUGUGCUGGAUUCGCUGGACUUGACCAUGGAUGAGAACAAGGAGAACCAGACUCCAGAGAGUGUGCAGCAGCAGGGAGAACUGGACUGGGUCCAGCAGUACAGUCUGGAUCAAGAGAGAGAAGAACAGGAGCUACAGCAGGCUCUGGCCCAGAGUCUGCAGGAGCAUGAGGCCCAAGAGAUGAGAGAGGAUGACGAUCUGAAGAGGGCCACUGAGCUCAGUUUGCAAGAGUUUAACAACUCUCUGCCUGAGCUGCUGUGCUCAGAUGACGAUUCUGGCAACGAGGAUGUGCUGGACAUGGAGUACACUGAGGCAGAGGCUGAGAGUCUGAAGAGGAACGCUGAGAGCGGAGACUUGGCCAACUCUUUUAGACUCAUCAGUGUCGUCAGUCACAUCGGGAGCAGCUCCUCCUCAGGCCAUUACAUCAGUGACGUGUACGACAUGAAGAAGCAGUCGUGGCUGACCUACAAUGACCUGGACGUGUCACGCACGCAGGAAGCAGCCGUCCAGAGAGACCGCGACCGCAGCGGUUACAUCUUCUUCUACAUGCACAAGGACGUGUUCGAGCAGCUGUCUGAAAUGGAGAGAUCUGGAGCCAGCGCCACUUCAGAGGCAGGAAGGAACGUCCUGCAGCCUCUCUGAGUGGCGCUUCGUUGGACAGCCACCCACACAUCCACGGCUUGGACCCUGGUAGAUGGAGUUCUCCUCUGAACAGCCUUGAGUACUACUGAUUGCCGUCCUGUUUUUGGUCGUUUUCAGGCACUUCUUUUCCUCGACAAAUUACUAAAUGGCCUGCUAAAUUAGCACCUGUAAGUGUCAGCACAGGCGCUAAACUGUCUAGACUCCUUUAGAUACCAGAAAUGCAGUUAAAAAUGUUCAGUGGAUCAAAAUGCCGCCAUGUUUUUGGGGCUGAAGUUUUUCUUUGCUUUGAUUUUAUCAAACUGUUUUGUAAAGUUUUUUUUUUCUGUUUGUUUCUUGAUACACUUCUUUAAACUUUAAUGCCAUUCAUUCAGACUUUCACUAUCAAACACCAGGUGCUACUGGUGCUUCAUGGAUUGUAUGUUUUCCGGACCCUUUAUUUCCUAUAUAAACUAAAUAAAGAUAUAUUCUAUGUUGAGUAUAAGCUA